CCUCCGGGAGGAGAGGCGGAGAGCUCAGAGGAUCGUCAUCCGCUAGCCGACCGCGAGCUUCUGCGGCCGGGGGCUGGCUUGGAAGAAGCGAGCGAGCCGGGACGCUGCUUCCUCGGGCUCAGUGCUCGGCAACACUGUUGCAGGCUGAGCUCGGGGCAGUCCCCGAGAGUGCGGGCCCGCGCCACCGCCUUUGAACGCUGGGGGUGUGCGUGGCAGCGGCCGCGGUGGCGGCGGCGGCGGCGGCGGCGGCCGGAGCGGCGAGUCGGUGCCGCCCGGGAUGCGCUUCGCCCAGGCAGCUUUGGCGGCGAGGGCUCCCUUGGCUCAGGAUGAGACCUGGGGGCACGCUGCUCGCCCUGGUAGCCUGCCUGAUGCUGCUGCUCCUGCUGCGUCUGCUCUGGUGCCCUGCGGACACGCCCGCCCGCUCCAGGCUGUCGGUGGAGGAAAGCAGAGAGGACACUCGUGGCACCUCGGCAGCAAUGAGGACUCUCAGGACCCCGGUCACCUCAGUACCGCUCACCAGGAACAGCACAUAUCUGGAGGAGAAGUUACCCCAACUGACAGAGAAAUGCAAAAAUCUGCAAUCUGACUUGAAGUCUUUAUUUAACAAAACAAGACGGUAUUCAGAGGAUGACUACAUUCAGAUCAUCACAAACAUACAGAAAUGCCCAUGGAGACGACAAGCAGAAGAGUAUGAGAAUUUCAGAGCAAAGCUGGCUUCCUGUUGUGACGCAGUUCAGAGCUUCGUGGUUUCCCAGAAUAACACUCCACUGGGGACAAACAUGAGCUAUGAGGUGGAAAACAAGAAGCAAAUCCCCAUUGGAGAGAACCUUUUCCACAUGUUCCCAGUGACUCAGCCUUUUGUGAACUACCCCUAUAACCAGUGUGCAGUGGUUGGCAAUGGGGGGAUUCUGAACAAGUCUCUCUGUGGAGCAGAAAUUGAUAAAGCUGACUUCGUUUUUAGGUGCAACCUCCCCCCAAUCACAGGGAAUGCUAGUAAAGAUGUUGGAAGCAAAACGAAUCUUGUGACUGUCAAUCCCAGCAUCAUAACACUGAAAUACAAGAACUUGAAGGAGAAGAAAGCAAGGUUUCUGGAGGAUAUUUCCAACUAUGGAGAUGCCUUCCUUCUCCUGCCAGCCUUUUCCUACAGGGCCAACACAGGCAUCUCUUUAAAAGUCUAUGAAACUCUCAAAGAGUCCAAAGUUAGGCAAAAGGUUCUCUUCUUCCAUCCCCUGUACCUGAGACGUCUUGCUACCUUCUGGAGAACUAAAGGGGUGACAGCAUACCGCCUGUCCUCAGGCCUGAUGAUUGCAAGUGUCGCUGUGGAGUUGUGUGAGAAUGUGAAGCUUUAUGGAUUCUGGCCUUUCUCUAAGACUAUAGAAGAAAUACCUGUCAGUCACCACUACUAUGACAACAAGUUACCUAAGCGUGGUUUCCACCAGAUGCCCAAAGAAUAUAGCCAGAUGCUCCAGCUCCAUAUGAAAGGGAUCCUCAAAGUGCAAUUCAGCAAAUGUGAAAUGCCCUAAAGUUUCUUAAUGUGAGAAUAGUUUUAAUAGGAUAUGAUAGGUGAGUUGUGGUUUUGCCAAACACUAGAGGAGGAAGGCACAGAGAGUGGAGGAUUACAAAAGAGCUCCCAAACUUGGCUAGACCAAAGCUCCCCACUAACUUUGCAGCCUCCACUAGCCACUCAUUCCACUCUUCAGCUUUCCCUGAAAAUGGAGAUCAUGAUACCAGUCUCAGACAAGUGAAAUGAGAUAAUUUUUUAAAGCCUCUUGGCACAGAAUUUGAGUUGAGGCAGGGACUUACCGAAUGUUUUCUUGUUGCUAUUUGUAAUAGCCAUUUCCACUUUUGCCAGAGAGGUAAUGAAGUGAGCCAAAGAUCCUUCCUGAAGAGAAUGGCUGAAUCACAAGGACUCGUUGAUUUCUUUCUCACAGCCCUCCCUUGUUAAUAAUAUCUUCCUAUUAUUUUCUCUCUCCUGAACGAGUACAUACAAAAAUAUAUCAUUAAACAGGAAAGUGCUGAUUAUUCAGGAAGAAAAAUCUUUUUUACUUGGCAAUGUGCCUAUCUUUGAUUCAGUUCUCUUAUGACGUUAGCUGCAUUGAGGUGUUGGUUGGAUUUGGGGCGUUUUCUUGCCCCUGUUGUCUACAUUUUCUUUGCCUUUAUCAUUUUAUACUAACUUCCUGCUUUUCUUCCCAUACCCCCGACUCCCGAAAGGAUCCACUCAGUGAUGUAAGUAGUUACAAUACUCACUACUUCACAUCUGUUAUCUUGUCUGGAAAGUUACUCAUCCAAUUUUUAAAAAUAUUGAACAGCUGUUUGAUGUCCAGCCCUGGGACCAGGCUCUGUGGGAGGGUAUGAAGAUAUUGCCACUGGCAGAAAAGCAGGUACCUGUCAUUAAUUGAUAAGAUCCCAGAAUUGUCAAUAUGACUGUCACAAACACAGUACCGGAAGGACCAUAGACAAGAAGAGUUAAGUCUGUUCUAGUAGAAUCAACUUAGAUGUAACUACUUUAGAGAAGAGAUGGUUCCAGAAUCAAGACUAGAAAAUAGUCAAGUCUUACUUAGCAAACUAAGGGGAUUCUAGGUAGAGGGGAUGUAACAGGAAGAGAAUGCUGUUUCCUUGAUUCUGAUUAUCAAAACAAGUGUGCUCGAAGGCAGAGCAGGGAAGCUGCCCUACAAACUCCAUACUGGGGGAGAGUACAGUGGGUGAGGGUGAUGGCUUUUGCACACACUGGUCAAGUGGGAGUAAUUUAGACCCAGUCGCUUCAAAAGGAAGACUUGGGAUGAAAACACUGAACAUAUUUCUCCAAGGAGAGAUGAAUGUUUUCAUGAAAAAUUACAUCUGUAAGCAUCAGUCUAGAGUAAAAUUUGAGUAAACAAAUAUGAGCAUUUUACACUCUUUGUUGAUGUCCCAGUGACAUCACUUCAUGUAAGUCAUAACACAUUUAUUAAGUUAUUUGACAAUAAAUAUUCAUGUGCGUGCAUUCCUGCUUAUCCAUGGAUAUUCCCAAGAAAUCUAAUAGGAGUAUAGAAGAUGAGGUCCACAUGCCAAGAUAGCUAUAAAUUUCAUUUUUAAUUCUUACCUGAGCCAGGUUGUUGUAUAUCAAAUGUUUUUUGUGAGGAAACACUGUGCCAUGAAUUCUUCAUUCUGAUAUAACCUUGUAUUUGACAUUUGUGAUGUUAUUUCAAGUUCACAUUUCUUUUUUUCUUUUAUAGCAAAUUAAUCUUACU